AUGCACGGCCGCUGGCGCAUGUGCGGCCGAGGCAAAGGCCGCGGCCGCCGUCGCUCGGGGCGGGCUGAGCUCUGGGGCUGCCGGCCGCUAUGGACCAGCUCGGGAGGCGGUCGGGGCCGGCUGCUCGGCUGGACGCCAUCCUCCGGCACCUCUGCCCCCCGCAGGGGACAGCCCCUGCUCUCAUCACCAAUCCUACUUCAGCACAAGUUAGUGCUCCUACUCAGCCAGGGAGGUUUCGCUACACCCUGGACAACGAUGUUCUAACCACAGAGCAAAGGCAGUUCUACGAAGAUAACGGCUAUCUGGUCAUUAAGAAGCUGGUUUCUGAUGAAGACAUUGAACGCUUCAGGAAGGAAUUUAUAAGGAUCUGUAACAAGGAGGUGAAUCUACCAGGAGCUAUGAUUAUGAAAGAUGAGAUGCUGAGGUUCCAAUCUGUUCAACCUGAAAAAAUGGUCAAUAAAGUACAGGACUUCCAGGAAGAUGAAGAAUUGUUCAGAUACUGUACUCUGCCAGAGGUCCUCAAAUAUGCUGAGUGCUUCACGGGGCCAAAUAUAAUGGCAAUGCACACGAUGCUGAUAAACAAACUUCCAGAUUCUGAUAAACAGACUUUUCGCCAUCCCAUGCAUCAGGACUUGCACUACUUCCCAUUCCGGCCUGCAGACCGCAUCGUGUGUUCCUGGACUGCCAUGGAGAGGGCAGAUAGGAACAACGGGUGCCUGGUCGUGCUGCCAGGGACACACACAGAGUCCUUGAAGCCUCACGGCUACCCAAAGUGGAAGGGUAUAGUAAACAAAUUGUUUCAUGGAAUUCUUGAUUAUGAUGAGAACAGUCCCAGGGUUCACGUUGUCAUGGAAAAGGGAGACACAGUAUUCUUCCAUCCCCUGCUUAUCCAUGGCUCUGGGGUAAACAAGACGUCAGGUUUCCGAAAGAGUAUAAGUUGUCACUUUGCCAGCUCAGAGUGCUACUACAUUGAUGUUAAGAACACUCUCCAGGAAGACCUUGAGAAAGAAACAGUAGAAAUAGCACAGAGAAAAUUUAAUGUGUCUUCUGUGGACCUCAAGGAUAUUUGGAGCUUCCGAGCACGACUCGUGCAAGGGGAAAGAGUGAAUCUUUAGAACAGCCUCAGAAGACCAGGAUAGAAAAUAUGUGCCUGAAGUGUCACCUUCUCUGAUCGGAGAGUUCAGACCCUGCCUAGGCAGUCAGGAUUAUGCACUUCAUUGACCUCUGCAUUGGUAACUUAACCGAGGACUGCAUUACAAAUUCACUUUAUGCUAAUAUAAAAUAAUUGCACUGAGGUUUAACAGCUGAUGUACUUCAAAGAAAAUCUAAACUACAAAACCAGAGAUUUGUUGUGGUUAGUUAUUUUAGGUAAUCAAAGGAUUAUGCUCUUGAAAGAUCACCUUCACUUUUUGAUGUUUUCAUUCUUGCUUUCUGAAGAUCUCUCGUGUGACAUACUUUUGAGUUGAUGCUAUAUUAAUAUACGGUUUUAUGCAAGCUUAUGUUUUUUAUGCAAGAUGAUGAAGGUAGCAAUAUUGGAACCGGAAGAAUCAAGGGUGUAAGAACUACGUAAUGGAUAGAAAACUGGGAUUCAUGGUCCAGAACAUGAUCGAUGGAUACAGUUCCUCAAGCAUGAGCUACUGUGGUGUGGUAUCUUUGUGCACUGUGCUGGCAGCAGAGGAACUUGUAGUUGAUGUGGUUGGAAAAUGAUUGGGCCAGCAAACCAGCCUCCCAUCACUGCCUUGCACAACUGAUAUUUAAGGCUAUUUAAAAGGAGAGAGGCCUCCUGUGAGUCUGUCAUGCCUGGGAAAAGGUGCCUUUGGCUGUUGCCCAGUGGAUGAGGGUUCAGCGCUCCUCAGGAUACUCCGACGACUGAAUCAAGCCACGUGCACUGAAACGAUUCUCUUGACUUUGGUGGUUUCUUACUUCCAGAAUCUAUUUUUGAAAUACAAAUUAAAUUAGAGCAAAUCCA